CAGCUCGACUGCUGCACUGAAGAGAUGCAAAACACAAAGUUUUACUGGUGGAAAACUCCUGACAAGAAGCAACACCAAGAAGGCUGAAGCCUAAUUAACUGGGAAAUACUGGAAUAUCAACUUAACGGUGACAUGUUUGACCUCAUGCCAGGACUACUCAUUUGUUUGAUGGCAGUGCAGACCAAUCAGCUUGAUGGAAACAAAAACAGGACCAAAAUCCAACCUAACACAGUGAAUCCAAGGACCUUUAAGGCAGACUAUAAUGACACAGGCAGAAACUUGCAUGUGAAGCCAGAGGAUCCAGUGACAGCCUAUACCACAGGGGUGCUCAGCACCUGGGUCAUACCCUCAUCAUACAUCCUUUCUAUGCUGGUGGGCAUCCCCUCCAACGGCUACAUUCUGGCCUUUCUCAGAGUCCGACUCAGAGCACAGUCCUUUUCCACAGUCGUUCUUCACCUGAACCUGGCGCUGUCUGACCUGCUGCUCCUGCUUUCCCUUUCGCUGCGUGUUCACUACCACUUCAAUGGGAACAACUGGAUAUUUGGGGAAACCUCCUGCCGGCUGAUUACGGCUUUGUUUUACGGUAAUGUUUACUGCUCAGCUCAGACCAUCGCGUGCAUCAGCCUGAACAGCUACCUGGCUGUGGUCAAACCAUUCAUGUACAGGAGACUUGCUACGAAAACACUGGCGGUGUGGACGUGCUUGGUUAUAUGGUUCCUGUUCGGGGCUGCUGUUGUGCCUGAGCUCCUUGUCAGGCAGAGUUACAACAUCCCCCAGCUGGGGAUCACAACAUGUCAUGAUGUACUUCCCCUAGAUGAAAAAUCACACUCCCAUCUGGUGCCAUAUAGGUUGAUGCUUAUCUGUCUGGGCUUUAUAACGCCCUUCCUCUUUUGUAUCUAUGCCCAUGUGGCUGUAAUUUACCAUCUAGGUCAAAGUGCUUGUGACUGGAAGCCAUUUAUCAGAGUCAGCACUCUGGUUUUCAGCAUCUUCUUGGUGUGCUUCUUGCCGAGCGGCGUCCUGCAUAUGGCCCACUACAUCCGCCUGUUUUCCGGUGGGGACGACAGCCUGUAUGGAUACUUCAGAGUAGCUGUGUGUCUCUGCUGUUUUCACAGUUGUCUUGAUCCCUUCCUGUGUAUGCUUAUUUCCAAGACAGCGGCUUCAGAACUACAAUUUAUUUCUCUCCGCGAGAUAUCUCAGAGACAAGCAGUUAUGACGUGAUACUGGACAUGUAUACAAAAAAAACCCAAAACCAAACCCAAGCCUCCGUACUGGACUAUUGUUGGAACACAGCAGGAAGUCACAAGGGAAAAAAUGAAAAACUGAAGACCGGAUAUUGUGGAUUUAACAGGGUUAACAUUAGGCUUUAUCCACGUUACAUCCAGAACCAGAAACUGUUAAUGUGGCCAUAGUAUUAUUUGUUUCCAUGUAUACUAAAAACAUGUCUUAUGCGUCAUGUUUUGUUCAUCUUUUCAUUAAAAUUAUAUCCAAAAGUCAACAAUACUUUUUGUAAACGA